AGCUGCAAGAAAAUGGAGAACACCGAAACCUUUGGAGAGGACUUCAGGGACGAGCGAACUCAUUUACAUAUUCAGUUGGCUCUUUAAAAUGCAUUACGGUGUUUUUUAUUUUGAGGUAAACUGCAUAUUAUAGUACUUUACUAGUCGGCAUAUAAUACUCCGAGCAUUAGGCCCACCGCCAUUCAGUCUGACUUCACUAUUGGCCAAAUCUGGGCUCAUUAGCGCGCCUGCUCUCACAAGAGAGAAACAUUUGGAUUGGGGUUGUAGAUUUAAGAGGGAAUUUUAUCGCUGAACUUCACACGAACAUCACCGUACGGAGAGGAAACCGUCAUGUUCAUAGGGGUGCGAGUUGUACGAGGUCCUGACUGGAAAUGGGGCGACCAGGACGGGGGGAAGGGCUGCGUAGGCACCGUGGUGCCUGCACAAGCUAAGGACAGCGUGACGGGUGUCUGGGUGCGAUGGGACUCCGGGCAAGCUGCAAACUACCGCGCUGGUGGAGCAAGCGGCAAGUACGAUCUGCGGAUUUACGAUAACGCCCAACUAGGAGUGAAGCAUCCGACUGUGGAGUGCGACGGCUGUCAAGAGCACGGUGUCGUAGGAAUACGCUGGAAAUGUCUGGAGUGUCAUGACUUCGACUUGUGUCACAGCUGCUAUGACAAGGGCAAGCAUGACCUGGGUCAUCGCUUCACUAGGAUCGAAACCAACUCAGUUCCAGGGAUUGAAGUCCCCUGUCGAUUUGGCGCCCUCAAAUGCCGCUCUUUGGGCAUUUUCCCAGGUGCCCGAGUAAUGCGAGGGCCCGAUUGGGAAUGGGAAGAUCAAGAUGGUGGGGAAGGGAAAGUUGGUACAGUGAGCCAAGUGAUUAGCACGCAAGGAACCCAUCGUUCCUGGGUCAAAGUUCAAUGGCCCAACCGCUCUAACAACAAUUACCGCCGGGGUCACGAAGGCAAGCUGGAUCUACGAUACACAGAGAAAGAGACAAUGGGAGAAUUCUACAUUGAGCACCUCCCGAGGCUCGAUGGGACUAGAGUCCAGCCUUACUUGGACUCCGGAGACAAGGUCCGUCUGCUGGACAUGGACCCUUUGAAGCUCAAGGAACUGCAGCUGGAGAGGUGCGGCUGGAAUGAAGAAAUCAAAGACUUCAUAGGAAAAGUCGGUGAAGUCAUUGUGGUCGACAAAGAUGGCGAUGUCAAGGUCAACUUUGGCGGAUCGUCGUUCUUCAUUAAUCCCAUGUGUCUCGUCAUGGAGAAGAAGCAGGAAGCUGAAGAAACAAGUGCCGGUGCUCUAGACACCAAUGUAGGUGAGUUAUUGGCUGCUCUACUCCUGAAGUCUGAGCUAGGGAAACUCGGAGACUUGCUCGGCGGAUCGGCGGAUACAUCGGGCGGUGCUGCUCUCUUUCAGGCGGCUACUACCGGCAACACCAACAAAGUGCGAGAGAUCAUCAGUGAUCAUCCAGAUGCGGUCAAAUUUCAGACUCCACAAAGACAGACAGCACUUGAGGCAGCUGCCCAUCGUGGUCAUCUGGAUGUAGUCACAGCUUUGGUGAGAGGCCAAGCGCCAUUGGAACAUCGAGAUGAGGACGGAGACACGGCACUUGCCUUUGCAGUGCUCGGUGAUAAGCCGGAGAUUGUCAAGUGUCUCUUGCAAGCUGGAAGCAACAUAAACGCAGCGAACAACGAGGAUUUGACCCCACUCCACCUUGCCGCUUUCAAGGGUCACCAGACAUGCGUGGAAGUGCUUCUUAAACACGACCAGCAAAAAUGUGACGUUAACUACAAAGAUAAGAAGGGCAACUCACCACUAGUCCUUGCCAUUGCCAAGAAUAACAAGCAGAUCAUCCAUUGGCUGAUAAACAGCCCACGCAUUGACCUCCGUCAGGUGAACAAGAUGGGAUUCAACAGUCUGCAUCGUGCCACGGCCUCCCAAAACACUUUUGCCGUUGAAGGGAUUCUAAAAGCCUCGCCAAACAUGAUCAAUAUUGCCAAAAAUGACGGCUUCACAGCACUACACCUCGCUGCUCUCAACGGUUUAUCGGACAUCACUUUGAUCCUCGUCAAACAGGCUGGCUGUAAUAAAGAACUGAAAACUAUCGCUGGACAGACGGCGCUGCACCUGGCCAUUGACAAGACCCACAACAAGUGUAUCGAGGCUCUGGUCAACAACGGUGCCAAUGUGAACGCCCAGGAUAGCGACGGUGAUACAAGCCUGCAUCUGGUCAUGAUGAAAGCCUCCAUGAAAGACAUCAUGCGAGUCACACCCCUGGGUCAGUUGUUGCAGCUCGCCCAGCAGCUUGGAGACGGGGGCGCUUCGUCGGACCAAAAAUCCAACCUGGUUGCCAUUGCAGCCUACCUUAUUAGAAAUGGCGCCGACAUCUACAUCAAGAAUAACAAAGGCAGCAAUGUUCUUGACGUCACCGUCAAUUUAGGGGUUGAGAAGUUACUGAAGGAUCUCUACCAACAGCAAAGGGUUGAGCGGGCAAUGAAAAACAGUCAAGAGAGCUGUAAAGUCAGCUAGGGAGCAUGACAUGGCUACGGCGGCUGGACCCACAGGAACAAACCAUUGAACUGUGUGAUUAUUGCUUUAUUUCUAGCGUUAGUUAUUCCAGUAUACUGCCUAAUUACCCCCAAAAUGGUGAAAGUAAACCUGAGUUGAUCGCUGUGUAGGCAUUUUGCUUUAUAAUUGAACAAUUUUUUUUAAAUUUUGGGCAAGUAGUUAUUCUAGACAAAGUGUCUUAACCAUUUAAGACAAUCGUGUUUGUGUUUCACUGAGAGUAGUCCUAGAACAAUUGAAAUAAUAUUCGAUGUGUUUACCCAGAACUCCUCAGUCUGUGAGCUCGCCGAAAAUGUAUGUGAAAAAGCCGACUAAAAGAUGUUACAUAAUAUGAGUUUAGUGGGAUUAUUUGGUCAUAUUUGAUGUAUAAUCAAGUAUAACAUUUAGCCAAGAAUUAUUAUAUAAAGAUGGUAAUGAUUUUAACAGAAAUCUUAAAAAAAAACCUUAUCAUCAAUAGACAGAAAAACAAUGCUUUAGUAAAGUUUAUACACAGUCAUCUAUCGAUGUACAAAUACUUAUAGCAAUUCACUCUAUUUUCUACCCUUAGAGAAACAGUUUAGAGAACAGUUCGUUACUUUCAUUAAAGUUUUCAUGCAACAUAUAAAUGUUAUAUGCAUUAUGCAUGUUAUUUGUUCUAAAAACGCUAGGUGAAUGUUUGACUGAAAAUCCUGACGACGCCAAUAAGGAUGAGCUGUUGUAUAUGUGUUAUAUAAUGUAGUGCUGUAAUCAAACACUGUAAACAAUUGUCGCAAAACAAUACACAUUUAAACAGAGACAUGACAGAAGAAAACUACUAAUUUCAUUUAACUGUUUUCAACAAAUCAACCGUUUCUAGAUGACGUAAACGGUGUAGUUGAAAAUGUGAACUUUUCUUUUAGAAUAGGCUCAAAUAUGUCGAAAUUCAUAUGCAGGCAUACUGUGUUUGUUAAAAACAUCCAUAGAAGCUAUGCUUUAAAAAGAAACACAACGAUGCAGAUUUCGUGACGAUUUUGCUUUACAAGUCGAUGAAGUGCCUAAAUACAUAUUUUUACAUUGAACACACAUAAUCAGAACUUUGGAAAGAGGUCGUAUGACAUCGAAAUUAUAUACAAAUCCAAAUACUAAGUAUUCAUUUACUUACUCUUGCAUGGCUAUGUACAUUCAAGAGGAAUCAAUAUUAAUCUUAAACACCAAAUACAUUUAUGCUUUAAAGCUAUAGUCCAUCAUUUGUAAUUAGUGCAUUUUGUUCGUUUGAAGCAAC